UGCGUCUCCGGCACCGCCAUCGCCUGCGAGAACGCGCUGGUGGUGGCCAUCAUCUGCUACUCGCCCGCCCUGCGCACCCCCAUGUUCGUGCUGGUGGGCAGCCUGGCCACCGCCGACCUCCUGGCCGGCCUCGGCCUCAUCCUCAACUUCGUUUUCCAGUACGUGAUCCGCUCGGAGACGGUCAGCCUGCUGACGGUGGGCUUCCUCGUCGCCUCCUUCGCCGCCUCCGUGAGUAGCUUGCUGGCCAUCACGGUCGAUCGCUACCUCUCCCUCUACAACGCCCUCACCUACUACUCGGAGAGGACGGUGCUCUGCAUCCACACCAUGCUGGCGGGGGCCUGGGGGGUCUCCCUCUGCCUGGGGCUGCUGCCCGUCCUGGGCUGGAACUGCCUCCACGACCGCGCCGCCUGCAGCGUCGUCAGACCCUUGACCAAGAGCAACGUGACGCUGCUGUCCGCCUCUUUCUUCCUCAUUUUCCUCAUCAUGCUCCAUCUCUACAUCGAGAUCUGCAAGAUCGUUUGCAGGCAUGCCCACCAGAUAGCUCUCCAGCAGCACUUUCUGACUGCUUCCCACUAUGUCGCCACCAAGAAAGGAGUCUCCACCCUCGCUAUCAUCCUCGGGACUUUCGGGGCCAGCUGGCUGCCUUUUGCCAUCUACUGUGUAGUGGGGGACCCAGACUACCCUUCCGUGUACACCUACGCCACGCUUCUACCCGCUACCUACAACUCCAUGAUCAACCCCAUCAUUUACGCCUACAGAAACCAGGAAAUCCAGCGGUCCAUGUGGGUGCUCUUCUGCGGCUGCUUUCAGGCUAAAGUGUCCUUUCGCUCCCGGUCCCCCAGCGAUGUCUGA